GCUACGAGAAAAGAAGCAUAACUUCCGGAUAUGCUUUUCAAAAUUAACCAAAACAAAACGGGAUUUUAAAGAAAAAAAUACCUCUUGAGACCUUACUCGUGCAUCUACAAGCUCUCGGAUGAAGAAGUGAUGGACGUACCUGAAUCCUGUAAUCAUUCACAUCGCUAACUCUUUCUACACGCAGGAAUUAACCAACCCACUGCUUUUACUUUGAAGUGCAUUUUUGUUCUACGUCCGGUUUAACAGCUGUCGGCCGUUGGCAGCUUGACAUAUAUAAGGAGGUGGUGAAGUUACAAAGCCUUGAACCAAAACAAGACUUCACAGCAGGCUGAUGAAUGGGACCUACCUCUGUCUGAGUGGAUUAUUAAAGGUUGGAAUAUUUCAGUGGAUGAAUUGAAUCAAAGGAGAGAGGGGAGAAAAAAAACCCUCAACAUGGACUUGUGCCUGUGAUACAAGUUUGCCCUUGAAAAUCAACAUGUACUGUUCAACACUGAAAACUAAGGAGAGGCUCUUGUAGCUGGAGGAGGAUUGCCUACCCUGACACUUUCUCCUCCUCCUCCUCCUCCUGGCCUUCUGGGAUCAAUGACUGGACCUAACUCCCCGAGCCGUGCCGGCACCUCUCCGGCCAAGCUGAGCAGGCACGGUCGGUCCAAGAGCACCAGCUCGCACUGCCUCCUCCGCUGCAGCACCCAGGAGGAGUCCUCCGCCUCUCCUCCUAACAACAGCUCUCGGUCGCCCGGGGAGGAAGAGGAGAAAGAUGGCGGGGUUCUCUUCUACGUUAACCGCACUGGUUUCCCCAUCGAGAGCGUCACCUGGGAGAGGAUGUGGUCCCAUGUGGCUCUCGUGCACCCUGAGGGCCAAGAAAUGGUGGACAGGAUACGAAAUGCUGCAUACCUUCCCAAGCAUCCUGUUCCUUCAGUCCCGACCUUCAAACCGUCCAUGUCGGUCCCAGACUGGCUGGUGGCCAUCCAGAACUACAUGAAGGCUCUGCAAUACAACCACACAGGAACCCAGUUCUUUGAAAUCAAGAAGAGCCGUCCUCUGUGUGGGUUAAUGGAGACGGCGAGAGAGAUGAUCAGGGAGUCUUUACCAAUCAAAUGCCUCGAAGCCGUCAUCUUGGGAAUCUACCUGACCAACGGGCUGACGUCUCUCGAGCGUUUCCCCAUCAGCUUUAAGACCCAGUUUUCGGGCCACUGCUUCCACCACGUGGUGCUGGGCGUGUACUGCAACGGCCGCUACGGUUCGCUUGGCAUGAGCCGCCGCCAGGACCUGAUGGACAAACCGCUGACUCACCGCACGCUGGGAGAACUGGUGGCAGAGUUCGAGAACUCCUACAAGAGAUACCAGCACACUCUGAAGAAGGUGAAGAUUGGCUUGUACGUGCCUCACGACCCCCACAUCUUUCAGCCAAUCGAGUGGAAGCAUUUGGUGCUGAAUGCGGCCAGACUGGGAGCUCAGGAGAUGAGGAAGGAGCUGGAGAAACAUGGCCGGGACAUGAGGAUGAAGAUCCUGAAAUCGUCCAGCGCCCAGUCACCAAUCAAAGAGCGGAGCCGGGGGAAAUCCUUAUCGCCACGCCGACGUCAGCUCAGCCCCCAGCGACGCUUCACACAGCGCAGAGACAAAUCGCCGGCCUCGGUGGAGAGGAAACCUCCAGAGCUCAGCACUCUCAACGACGGUUACCAGAUCCGCAUCUGAUCGCCUCCUUCACCUCACAGUCCUCCCAGAAUCCGUCCUCGGACCUCUCAGCUUACCCUGAAACAAAGAGUCUACCAACCACCAG